AUGGAGCGCGUGAUGGCUAGGAUCUUUCAGCAACAAAGGCUCUGGGCAGGCGAGCAGGGAGGCAACAAGGGGAUUAUCGAAGGGAACCCGAAAACGCGGCAAGCCCGACAGACUCACCGCCCGCAGUCCGCCCGCACCGCCCCUCCCUACUCGACGGCUGCUGCCGUCGCCGCCAAAGAGCAACAGCAGCAGCAGGCCCACCACCCAAAUCCGAAGCCGCACACUUGGGUGCCGGCAACGCCUGCUAAGACCUCUUCCGCCCUCAUGGCCGCAGCGGCGGCGACUGCGACGCGGGGCUCUCCGAACAGUGGUGGGAAACACUUGCACGCCGUUGUGGGAGGAGAAGGGAAAACAUCGACGGCGCCGGCGACGGGGCGAGGAGGAGCGUACGCACGCCUAUUCGGGAUGAUACACCCCGGGGCGCAUCGACGGGUAGGCGUGGACCCUCUAGACGGCUUCAAGAAGGACCACUACCGGGGGGGUGCAGCAGCAGCAGCAGCAGCAGCAGCCGUUGAUGCGAGCGCGCCUUUUUCCGGCGACAUCGGCGGGGUGAAACACGGGCAAGGAGCGGGCGUAGAAGAGGUGUCUAAGCCCAGGAAACCGGAUGGGGAUGUGAGCCUCGACGGGAAGCGAGGAAAUAGUGACCAUACAAACGCUGUAGAAACCCAGGCGACUAUUUCCACCGCAAACACCGGCUCGCUCACUCCUCCCGAGGGAAGUAGCAGCGCCGAGGGGGGCCGCACAACUGGGGAGGGGGGGAUACGCGCCCCGCCCCCGGUGGAGCCGCUGACCAAGGCCUCGGCAGAGUGCUGCAGCCCUCAGGAACGGCUGUACCUCCGGAGACUACUGCUUGACCUGCAAGGAAGCGCUCGCAGCAGUCUGGACUUCUAUCGCCUGGGCAAGGUUGUCGGAGAGGGAUCGUUCGCCCAGCGAGUAGCCGUCAAGACCUACGAGAAGGCCAAGAUAAAGGAUGAGAACCAAUGGAAGCGGAUAUCUCAGGAGGUGAAGCUCAUGGAAAAGCUCAAUCACCCUCGGGUGAUCAGGCUAUUCGAAACGGCCGAGAGCUCCAAAAGGAUUCACCUCGUGAUGGAGUACGCUGACGGCGGCAACCUGUGCUCGUACGUGAAGCGCCGAAAACGGUUGGAUGAGGGAGAGGCUCGACGCAUCCUUCGCCAGCUUCUCGAGGGGGUGGGUGAAAAAUGUCAUUGUAGCAACCAUAUACCUCACAUGCCGUCAUUCCUCCAGAUAACGGUGGACUACAUGCACGGCCUUGACAUCGUGCAUCGCGACAUCAAGCUGGAAAACGUCCUACUGGGCGGGAGCGGUCGUUCCAACGCCAAGCUGGUCGACUUCGGCUUCAGCGCUAACGUCAAGAACCGAAGACUUCUUCACGUCUUCUGCGGCACGCCUUCGUACAUGCCGCCGGAAAUAAUCAAGCGCCAGGAGUACGAGGGGAAGCCUGUCGAUGUUUGGAGCCUCGGAGUCGUCCUGUACGCAAUGCUCUGCGGUUGCUUCCCCUUCUCCGGGCCGAGAUACCCCGAGCUCUACAAGAACAUAUCCAAGGGCGUGUUCCGACUACCGGAUUGGUUGUCGCCCGCGGCGAUAAGUCUCGUUCGAGGAAUGCUUGUAACGGAUCCUUCUCGGCGGCUCACCCUCCGCCAGGUUUGCGCUCACCCAUGGGUCUUGCCGCCCCGAGCGACGGGCAGGGUGUCCACCGGGAAUCAGUAUCCGGGCUUGGCGGCCUCUGAUGGGGGUGCCGUUGCUGAUGACUCGCAGUCGUCGCGAAUACCACACGAUAGUCUAGGCAGUUCAACUCCCCUCAAGAGAGACAGCUUCCACAUCAGCAACGAUCCGACCCGUGACAUUUGUGCGGCGAGCCUGAAGAAAAUGGAGGCUUUUGGGGCUAACGGGGAAGAAAUCGCUCGACAGGUGAGCUUGUUCAAGAAGCACGACAUGAUGCUCGUGCACUUUUUUCCUUCUAUUGCCGAAACUCAGGUGCUUGCCCGACGGCAUAGCUGCCUCACAACAACUUUCUACCUGCUCAGGAACGAACUCAGCACAAACGGUGGGGCGGCGGAGGCGGGUGCGCCUCGACCAGAGAGUGCGACUAGCAGCUCGAGUAGAGGCGCGGCUAAGCCCCGGCACGCGAACGUUAGACCGAGCAGCGCGAGUGGGGACAACCGGGGUGGUGCUGGGGUGGCCAAGAGAAGGGACAGCGGGGGUGGAAGCAGAAACAGUAGUGCUAGCCAAGGCACUGGCAGGACCUAA